AUGCGUCUGUGCAGCCUUUUGAUUUGCACGCUGGCCACUGCGGUGUGUGCUGCUCCUACAGCUGGCCCGCUGGGCGCACAACUCGGUGUCAAGUUCAGCAAACGGCAGGAUGAGCUCCCCACUCUGACCCUCCCUUACGGGACAUGGCGGGCAUCAGAAUACAACGCAGAUGCUGAUGUGUACACCUUCAAGAACAUCAGGUUUGCCGCCCCACCCACUGGGGACAACCGUUGGCGCAAGCCUCAGCCACCGGCCAACAACGACACCAUCCAGGACGGGAGCUACGGGCCGAUCUGCGUUCAAGCUCCGAUCGAAGGGCUCAAUCUCCUCGGCCCCGGCAACAACGCUCCCAUUGGUGGAGCCGUCAACCAGUUCUUGGCCGGGAUCCCUGUUCCCAUCUUUGAAGGUGGCUCCGAGGACUGUCUCUUCUUGGAUUUGUUUGUUCCUGGAGAUGCUGUACGAGGCCCUGACACAAAAAGCCUGCCGGUGAUUGUGUGGAUCUAUGGGGGAGCAUAUGUGUUCGGCAGCAAAGAUGCACUUGAUUUGAUUGGGUUCUACAGCGGAACGGGUCUGAUCCAACAAUCCGGCGGGAACGUCGUCUACGUCGCUGGCAAUUAUCGCCUGGGAACCUACGGGUUUCUUGCUGGAGAGACCGUGGAGAACGAGGGUGUGCCUAAUGCUGGAUUCUGGGACCAGAGAGCGGUCUUCCAAUGGGUCCAAGACUACAUUGGACUGGUCGGCGGAGACCCCACAAACGUCAACGCCUGGGGUGAGAGUGCGGGAGCCGGCUCGAUCCUGCAUCACCUUACAGCGCAAGGUGGCACCCUUGACCCUCUAUUCAAGAGGGCAGUUGCGCAGAGCUCGGCAUUCCAAAUCAUGUGGGAUCGGAAAGGCACUCUUGAGAACAUCUAUCAAAAUUUCACCACGCUUGCUGGCUGCGAGGGCCAAGGGCUCGAGUGUCUCCGCGCAGUUGACUCGGCAACCCUUGACACUGCCAACGAAGCUUUGAUCAGGGACGCGCCGGAAAGUGCUUUCAACAUUGGUCCCGCUGCAGACGGAGACUACGUGCGUCAACUUCCCAUGCUAGAGUUCGCGUCAGGAAACUACUGGAAGGACCUGGAGUCCCUUAUCAUCAGCCACACGGCCGACGAGGCUGAAUUGUUCGUUGAUGGACACAUUCAGACGGACGAAGAGUUCAACGGAUUCAUCGACUCUGUCUUCCCAGAGUAUGCCAAAGAGGCCGGGAUCAACGCUGCCAUCGAGGAGUUCUACCCACCGGUCUCGACCAACGAUACGUACGCCACGGAGACGGAGCGGACCAAGGGGUUUGUGCGCGACUCGUCCUUCACGUGCUGGUCGCGCUUCCUGACGGACGCGUACGACGGCAAGACGUGGAACAUGCAGUACAGCGUGACGCCGGGUUGGCAUGGGACGGACCUACUGCCCGCUUUCUACCAGGUUUACGUGUCGUUCGGCGACGACGUUGCGUUUCCGUUGCUGCCGGGGUUCGGGUCAUUUGCAACAGCGUACCAGUCGUACCUGACGUCGCACGCGCGCUCUGGCGACCCAAACACGUACGCGGCCACGAUCAACAUACCGCCGGCGAUCAACUGGCCCCGUCCCACGACGGGCGGCGAGGAUUUGGGCAACGUGCUGAACGUGGGGGACCUCGGCUUCUCGCUGACCACGGACGACCAGCUGCCCAAGAGCGAGUGCGACUUCAUCCUCGAGCUGGCUGCCGCGGUGACCAAUGUCGGCGGGUAUGCAGUGCCGGGGACGGCACAGCCGCAGAGCUUGGUGGAGUUCGACGGGGACCCGAGUGCGAACUACGAGUGA